GUAUAAAAGAAGGAGAGUGACGUUCCUCUGCUGCAGAAACAUUCAGGCAAAUUUGCAGACAUGCUCAGGUUUCUGGUUUUGACGAGUCUCGCAGCCGUGGUGCUGGCGGAGCUCCAGCCCCAGCCCAGGUAUCUGGAGGACAGCUUGGAAAGAGUCGUGGGAGGCGAGGUGGCCAGACCCAACUCCUGGCCCUGGCAGAUCUCUCUUCAGUACAGAUCUGGCAGCAAAUACUACCACACAUGUGGAGGGACCCUGAUCGAGAGAGGCUGGGUUAUGACUGCUGCUCACUGCGUGGACAGCAACAGGAUGUGGCGUGUUGUUAUGGGUGAACAUGACCUCUACAGCAACAGUGGCAGAGAGCAGAUCAUGGAUGUCAUCCAAGUUUUCAUCCAUCCUGGAUGGGACUCCAGCAAUGUCGGUAACGGGUGGGAUAUUGCUCUCCUGCGUAUCUCCUCUGACGCCACCCUGAACUCUUACGUCCAGCUGGGCUCGCUGCCUCCCUCCGGCCAGAUCCUGCCUCACAACAACCUCUGCUACGUCACCGGAUGGGGACGCACCUCCACUGGUGGCAACCUGUCUGCACAGCUCAAACAGGCCUAUCUUCCUGUGGUCGAUUACAAGACCUGCUCCAGCAGCAGCUGGUGGGGCAGCACUAUCAAGACCACCAUGGUGUGCGGUGGCGGAGGUGCUGAGGCUGGAUGCAAUGGUGACUCUGGUGGUCCUCUGAACUGCCUGGUUAAUGGAAAAUACUACGUCCAUGGUAUUGCCAGCUUUGUGUCUGGCUAUGGAUGCAAUACUCCCAAGAAGCCCACCGUCUUCACGCGCGUGUCCGCCUACAUUGAAUGGAUGGACUCGAUCAUGGCGUAAACAAGAGUCCUCACAUGUUGCAGGACACAGAACAUGUUCAACCCUGUUUUCAUCCUCUGUGUCUCUGCACUUGUUUCGCCUCCUUUCACAAAAAUAAAGUUGUUUUAAAUUGUGUGUGA